AUGGAAGCACUGCCGCUGCUUCCUCCCUGCCGUGCUGGCCGGCUGGUGCAGGUCGACGGUGCCGUCAGGCUGGGACUGGUGAUGGGGCUGGCGCAGCUCCUUGGCCGGAAACGCGCCUGGUUGCCGGAGAACGGCCGUCAUGUGGCCUUCUUCCACCCGUGGUUGAACGUCGGGGACGGACGAGAGCGGGUGCUCUGGUCGGCGCUCCGCGCGCUCGAGCGUACCCCACAGCACCGUCUGUACGUGUUCACGGGCGAGGAGGAGCCGCUGCGUGAGGUGGCGCCGCGCGUCUGGCGCACGUUCGGCCUGUGCGUACCGGCCCAGCUUGAAGCUGACGUGCUGGUCAACUCGUCGGAGCUGGUGCUGGUGCUGCCCGUGUUCCGUCUGCUGGGCUGCGGCGUGACCUGCUACGUGCACCAGCCGUUUCCGACAGCCGGCCAGCUGCAUCUGUGGGAAACCAGCCGCCUGACACGCGGCUCCUGCCUCUGCCGCCUCUGUCGCCGGCUGGUCUUCUACGCCGGCCUCGUCUUCCACCGGCUCUUUGACGAGCUGCACCGGCGGGCCGGCGCCUCCGCGCACCUAGUCAUCGCUAACAGCACGUGGACGCAGCGGCAAGUGGCGCGAGCCUGGCGCCGACCUGACGCCGUGCGCGUAGUGUACCCGCCGUGUGACACGUGGCGGCUGGGUGAGAUGCCUCUGGACGGCCGUCGCGACAAGACAAUCGUGUCGAUAGCGCACUUCAGGCCCGAGAAGGAGCACAAGCUGCAGCUGCGCAGCUUCGCGCUGUUCGUGCUCAAGUUCGGCGCCCUGGCGGAGGGGGCGCGGCUGGUGCUGAUCGGCGGCUGCCGCGGCUCGGCCGACCUGGAGCUGGUGGACCGGCUCCAGUUCCGUCUCAACCUCAGCUUCGAGCAGCUGUCGCAGGUGCUGGCGCGGGCCAGCGUCGGCAUCCACACGGCGGGCCGCGAGGGCUUCGGCAUCGUUCAAUACGCCGAGUGCAUGCGACGCGUGCUGGCCGCCAGCGAGGCGGCGCGGAUGAGACUGCGCAUAGUGGCCAGGGAGCGAGCCUACCGCUUCGCCCAGGAGCGCUUCGAGGAGAGGUGGCUGCGGGCCUGCCACGGCGUCAUGAGCCCCAAGGGCGACUGA